AUGGCGAACAAGAACCUGGCUUCCUUUGUCCCUGACUGGGUCAAGGGCGACCGUGACAAGCUCAAGGGGAAGGGCAUGCUGAAUCCUGAUCUGAAGCUUCCGCCAGCGGACGAGGCGCCGCUCCUGAGACUGGACGCUUGGCUUGCAGCAGUAAAGAACAAGGCGUGGUUUGGCAUGAUGAAUGCUUUCAGGGCGGUUCUGUCCGACUGGACGGUGCUUCGUGAAGCGUCGUGGGCAAUUUUGCAUGAGAGCGGCGGAGCUGUAGACAAUGAUGAGGAACUUCCGGAGCGCGCAGACGAAGCCGCAGAUGGUCCUGAGGAUGGCAACCAGGAGAAGCGGUACACUAAGGAACCGCUGGCUAGAGAGUUCAUGGUGAGAUUGCUGAGGGCAAACUUUGAGCUGGACAAUCAGGAGGAGUACCAAGCACGCCGGCUUGCCCUCAGGAAUAGUGGGCCAUUGAGCCACUACCGAGCGUCGGCUGCAGCUCUUUAUCUCAUGGCUGACUGUCACAAUGAGUUCAAGCACUGCAGUAUGGCGUGGGCAGGAGUCCUCCUGUCUCGCGGCAGCGUUUUCUUCCACCGCAAGGAGCGUGAGCAUUUCCUGUCGCUUGGGUUCAAGCAGUGGUGCUGUAUCGGGGCACGGUUGACUUGCGUCAAGGUCGGCAACAAGGACAGGGGGGAACAUAGUUUACAUUGUUUAGAACAAGGGGAAGCCGUUCUAGGGUUCCAGGCAAACCCUUGA